CCUUACGCUUAAUUCUCUCUGUAGCGGAGAAGAGGGGAAGAGAGAACCCUAACAAGCGAAACAGAAGAGAAGGCGGAAGGAUGGAUGUGGUGAAGGUACAGCAGAUGUCGGGGAGGGCGGUGGAGAAGGUGAUCGUCCAUCCGCUGGUGCUGCUGAGCAUCGUCGAUAACUACAACCGUGUCGCCCGCGACACCCGCAAGCGCGUCAUCGGCGUCCUCCUCGGCUCCUCCGCUAAAGGCACCGUCGACGUCACCAACUCCUAUGCAGUGCCUUUCGAAGAAGAUGAGAAAGACCCAAGCAUUUGGUUUCUGGAUCAUAAUUACCAUGAGUCAAUGUUCUCCAUGUUUAAGAGAAUAAAUGCCAAGGAGCAUGUUGUGGGUUGGUAUAGCACAGGACCAAAACUAAGGGAGAAUGAUUUGGACAUUCAUGCUUUGUUCAAUGAUUAUGUUCCUAAUUCUGUUUUGGUGAUUAUUGAUGUCCAACCUAAAGAGCUUGGUAUACCUACCAAAGCCUACUAUGCUGUUGAAGAGGUCAAAGAGAAUGCUACCCAGAAAAGUCAGAAGGUGUUUGUGCAUGUGUCUUCAGAAAUUGCUGCUCAUGAAGUCGAGGAAAUUGGGGUGGAACACUUGUUGAGGGAUGUCAAGGAUACAACAAUCAGUACGCUUGCAACAGAGGUCACCGGCAAACUUUCAGCCUUGAAGGGGCUCGAUGCAAGGUUACGUGAGAUACGGAGUUAUCUAGAUCUCGUAAUUGAUGGCAAGCUACCACUGAAUCAUGAGAUUUUGUACCAUUUGCAGGACAUAUUCAAUCUACUUCCAAAUCUUAACGUCAAUGAAUUGAUCAAGGCUUUUGCAGUGAAAACGAAUGAUAUGAUGUUAGUUAUAUAUCUUUCUUCCCUCAUCCGGAGUGUUAUCGCACUUCACAACUUGAUAAACAACAAAAUGCUCAACAAGGAACAUGAGAAAGCCGAAGACUCGAAACCCACCACCGCCAUACCUAGUGCAGCAGGAAGCUAAAGUUAAAGAUCAUACAGCCUGAGAUCUUCCCAUGGGGGAGAUAAGACCUAAUGGUCAUUAUUUUCAGUAGUAAUCAUUGUGCUGUGGCUCCAUUUUGAUGUGUUCUACUAGUGAAAUACAAAGAAUUAAUUGAUCGAGGAUACAUAUGUUGAAAUUCUCUGUAAUCAGUAUCUCAUUAUGUUUUUCUAGUUUAGUACACUCUGAAACAGAGGUUCUUUUUUAUUUAUAGGCUUAUAA